AUGAAGCUGGCAUUGGUUUAUUCUCUGCUGUCUCUUCUGGCAGGGUACAGCUGGGCAGACACUCGGACCAUCGGGGCAGAGGAAUGCCGCCCCAACUCGCAGCCCUGGCAGGCAGGCCUCUUCUUCUUCACCUACCUCUUCUGCGGGGCGUCCCUUAUCAGUGACCGCUGGCUGCUCACAGCCGCCCACUGCCGCACGCGGUACCUGUGGGUUCGCCUUGGGGAGCACCACCUCUGGAAGUGGGAGGGUCCAGAGCAGCUGUUCCGGGUCACAGACUUCUUCCCUCACCCUGGGUUCAACAAAGACCUCAGCGCCCAAGACCACAAUGAUGAUAUCAUGCUAAUCCGCCUGCCCAGGAAAGCACGCCUGGGUCCUGCUGUGAAACCCCUCAACAUCAGUGAGAACUGUGUCUCCCCAGGCACCCAGUGCCUCAUCUCAGGCUGGGGGGCUGUGUCCAGCCCAGAAGCGGAGUACCCAAAGACCCUGCAGUGUGCCAACAUCAGCAUCCUGGAGCCCACACUCUGCCAUCUGGCAUACCCAGGCCACAUCUCUGACAGCAUGCUGUGUGCUGGCCUGUGGAAGGGCGGCCGCGGCUCCUGCAAGGGUGACUCUGGGGGCCCCCUGGUUUGUAACGAGACCCUGGCCGGAGUGGUAUCCGGGGGCGCAGAGCCCUGCUCCAAACCCCGGCGCCCCUCCGUCUAUACCAGCGUAUGCCACUACGUGGACUGGAUCCGAAAAACCAUGGAGGAAAAUUGA